UAACAAAGACUAAGCCUCUUAUACAAUUACUUGCUUGGUUAAGCUUGAUUAGUUUCAAAAAUGAUUUAUCAAAAAACACUUCUCACAGUCUUUUUCUUUGCAUUUAUCACCAUAUACUUUGUAAUCUUAGCAGAUGCGACUACGUUCACAGUAAGGAACAAUUGUCCAUAUGUUGUGUGGGCUGCCACAUCUGCUCCGGGAAAGCCUGGCGGUGGGAAGCGACUCAAUCAAGGCGAAACGUGGAUCGUUACUGGUGAUCCAGGUACCACCCAGGCUCGGAUUUGGGGUCGUACCAACUGCAACUUCGAUGUCUCUGGAAGAGGUGGAUGCCAAACUGGAGAUUGUAAUGGUGUACUUGAGUGCAAAUCUUAUGGACGAGCACCAAAUACAUUGGCAGAAUAUUCUCUUAAACAAUAUGCAGACCAAGAUUUCAUCGAUAUUUCUGUGAUCGAUGGAUUCAAUAUUCCAAUGGAAUUCAGUUCUGCAUCUGGACAAUGCACCCGCAAAAUUAGGUGUACGGGAGAUAUUAUAGCUCAAUGUCCAGCCCAACUAAGAAUGGACGGCGCUUGCAACGGACCGUGUCCGGUGUUGAAGACGGAGGAACAUUGUUGCAACUCUGGUAAUUGUGGACCGACCCCACUCUCUAUGUUUUUCAAGCAACGUUGUCCAGAUGCCUAUAGUUAUCCUAAGGAUGAUCCCACCAGCCUUUUCACUUGCCCUAGCGGAACCAACUACAAUGUCAUUUUCUGUCCGUGAAUGGAAGUGUGAUUAUCAAGAGACUGGAAUAUCAUAGGAGCAACGCAAAACCCAAUAAUAAUAAUCAAUAUGAUGAUCCAUACUAGCUGCGCUCUGAAUAAAAUCGAAGAGUAUACAUGUUUCAUAUCUGGUUUAUUAAUAAUAAAGAUCUCGUAUUUGGAUAA